GCCAAACCAACCAGCGAACGUCUUGAUUUCUGGUUUUGUUUUGAGUCUGAAUCGUUCGUUGGUAAACGGCUAUCGGCAGAUAGUGCCAUUGGCUCACCCGCGGCAGAGCUAAGUUUAGCAUCGGGACACGACGCGAUUUCAAUAUUGAUUUGUGACUGGAAAUUCGUUUUUUUGCAAACUAUGGAAUCUUCUUGUGAGCAGUCCAAAGGAAUCGAAAUGCGAACUGUGAAACCUUUGAGUCGAUUUUUGAUAGUGGAAUUCACUGAUGAUAAUAUCGUCUACAUCCCGAAAACCGUUGCACAAAAUCCCGACGCACAAGAUUUCCAUCACCUCAAACAGCGAAUCCAGGGCAGCAAAACACUAUUUGAGGAUCCGGACUUCCCUGCAUGCAAUCAGUCCAUACUGGGCCACGAUUCGAAGUCGAACAUCCAAUGGGUCCGGCCAUCGGAAAUCAUCGCCAAACCAAAGUUCUUCAUCCAAGCCCCACCGAACUUCAACAUUGUAGAAAAGCGAACCGUUCUGCACAGCUUCCUAUCGACGGCGUUGGCCUGUCUCACCACCAACUACGAAGCAUUCCUCAAGGUCGUCCCUUUGGAUAACUCAUUCGAAGCGAAGAUGUACACGGGCAUGUUUCGCUUUCGAUUCUGGCAGUACGGUCGAUGGGUGGAAGUGGUAAUUGACGAUCGCCUCCCUACCAUGGAAGGGAAGCUGUUGUUCAUCAGACCGACCGAGCAGGACGAGUUCUGGUGUGCUCUCUUGGAGAAAGCUUACGCCAAGCUUUGCGGAUCGUACAGUGCGAUUAUGUCGAGCAAUCUUAGCGAGACUAUGCAAGACUUCACCGGAGGUAUCACCGAAAGGUACUAUUUGGGUGACUCCAUACAAGACAAAGCGGUUUGCUUUGAAACGAUCAGCCGAAAGUUGAGGAAGGGAUCGAUCAUGGCAGCUGUUAAAAUGAAUCAAAAGCAAGGUACUAGUAAGCAGAUAGACCGUUCGUACUCCAUCUUGAACGCAAUCAUAGUUGAGAACAAGUUAAUCGGAUUGCAUACGCCAGUGGAGGAAUUAAUUGAAAUGCAUUAUCUACACAGCGUCCACAAUUCUCUGCCAGCCGAAUGCUACAGGAAGCAUUGGCUACUGAUUGAUGAUUUCGUUAAAAAUUACGACUUCGUGGAGAUAUGCAACAUGUCUCCAGAUCAGAUGAGUCAGCCACUCGCCGAAGACUACAGCUGGCAGCUUUCAUGCAUAAACGGGGCAUGGCUCUCCGGAUACACAGCUGGCGGUUCGAAAGAUGAUCUGAAAUCCUUCUGGACGAAUCCUCAAUACAUAAUACAGCUGGCUCAACCAGAUCAGCUGGACAACUCAGGUUUGUGCCAUUUAGUGAUCACACUCAUGCAGAAACGUCAAUAUUCUGGAUACCUCCCAAUCAGCUUUGUAGUAUUUCAAUUAACCGACGAUAAUUUUCGAGCGAAUGCCAUACCCAUGUCGUUUUCCAAAAAGAAACUGCCAAAAAUCGUAGCGCAUCCGAAUUUUUCCAGCACACGUGAGGUUACCAGUAGGGUGAAGAUUGGUCCAAGUUCUCUUCUCAUAGUACCCUGUACACAAAAACAGAACAUGAAGGGCGAAUUCUAUCUCCGAAUAUACUCUUUACCACGUCGAAAAGCCGUCGAAGGUUCCACUUCAAACAUGGGGUCCAACUGGCAAUCGAUGGUGCGAACAUUCCAUAGCUUCGCAGACGCCAACGGAACUAUUGAUCACUUGAAAUUAGCAACCAUACUGAACAGUGAAUUUUUUGCUGUAAAACCCAAAUCGAAACGAAAAAGCAGCUUCUGGAAAACACUGACAAGAAAACGUUCUCCCCCGCUUGAAUCAAAUGAAUCACCCAAUACGUCCCAUCAGGAUUUCAUCGAACAACUGGCACAAGUUUUGAUCUCUCCCGGACAACCGACCGCGGCCACUCCGGACCGUUUGAACUACGACGGAUUCCGGCGAAUCAUUCGGGACGUCCAACAGUGGAAGGAGAUGUUCGAUUUGUACGACCCGGACCGAAAGGGUUAUUUGGACAGGCGAAAACUGAUCAAGUCUCUGAUGGCGUCGGUAUCCGAAGAGCAGCAGCAGCAACACUCCAUGCGGAACCUUCUGCAGUGGUUGGAGCUGGAACUGGAAGAUAAGAUUGGCCUGGACGAGUUCAUUUACUACUCUCAACAGAGUCCACACGCGAUGGAGGUUGAAUUGAAGGCUCAACUGAGUGAUCAGAUCUUCCAUAAAAUGGGUUCUUGAAAAAAGGUUUGCGGAGGGCUCAAUAAGAUUUAUAAUAAAAGAAAUGAAAAUGAAAAUUUAGAACAAUGGAAUAAAAUGCAAUAAAUAAGCGACAAGAAAUUAA